AUGAGUGCACGUGGCCAAAAGCAGGGCACUCAGCCCUCAGCGCAAAGGACCUCCCCUAAUCGCGGCGGUAAGGCCCCCGUAGCUAACCCAAGGGGCGUUCCUCCCCCCCCGCCGCCCCCUCCGCCACCCCAACAACCUCCGGUUAAUCCUCCCCAGAGGCCUGCUGUCCAGCAACGGCCCAAGACGCCUCCGGAAAACAGCAUCGGCAUCGGCAUCGAGACAGAGUUCUACUUAGCAAGUCGCCAAAAUGAGACCCACCAGUCACUCCGGCUCUUCGCAAAAGCCAUGGUGGAGAAGUACCACGCGGAGAUCGGGCCAUCGUCCCGGUUACCCAAGAUGCAUUCCCUGGUCGGAGACCUAUACCGCGGUCCGCAUGGCAUGAGGCAUACGGAAUGGGCUCUUCAUCAUGACCCUACGUGCGAGACGACCAACUCACCGUGGGGCAUCGAGCUCGUCUCGCCCAUUCUCACCGCCUAUAAAGGUGGCGAGGUCUGGCGAGAAUCCGUGUCACAAAUGUGGCGGUUCCUGUCGCUUCGGUAUGGAGUCACGGCGGACGCAUCCUGCAGCACCCACGUCCAUCUCUCCCUCGCCCGCGGCUUUUCCCUCACGCAGUUGAAGCGCCUGGCCCAGGCUGUCAUUUACUUUGAGUGCGCUGUCGAGGCCCUCAUGCCCCCGGACCGCCGCGGGAACGAGUACGCGCGAAGCAACUGGAUCGACAACAAGCACCUGGCCUACAAGAACCUCAACAGAGACCAGUCUAUGCUCGCAAUCGAGGCGUGCAAGAGCCAGGAGGAGGUUAUUGCGCUGAUGAACCCGGACAAGUCCAAGUACUUUGGAGUCAACUUCCUCGCCCUGGAAAGGUACAAGACAGUUGAGUUUCGCCGCGGGGCUGCCAGCACCAAGCUCAACGAUGUCUUCAUGUGGGUCGAGUUUGCCAUGACCUUCCUCCAGGCGUCCAUUCAGCUGCCGAGCAAGAACGACUUCAGCAGAUUCCAGCCAACGGUUGGCGGUCUGAGGAACUUCUUUGACAAUGCCCACCUGGUUGAGGACCCCGGAAUGAACCAACGCAAAUACCUGGAUCUCCUCUUCCAUGGCCACGCGUCGAAUCAAAGAGCAGAGCCGAUCCCUGUUAAGCUGGAGACUUUGUCCAAGGAGAAGAAAGCGAAGCUGAGCAAGAAGAUCGAGGCUGACAAGCAGAGCAAUCCCAUGCUGGACAAAAUCGGCGACGCUACCCGGGAGGGUAUUCUUUGA